AUGCGUGCUGUCAGCACUUAUUUGGUGCUGAUUCUGAGUAGACUGGCGAGUUUGGUGGCAUCGCUGUUCAUGGCGUUGGCGAUAAAUGCAUUUGUGUCAAAAGAUGCUGGUGGUGCAAUUCAGGAUAUUGCUAUUUUCAGUGCCUUGACACUCGUGCCGAAGCUAUUCAAGGAAAUGCAAUUGCUCAUUUACCUGAAAGUAAAACAGACGGCAUACAUUGAGUUGGCGAUACUUACUUACGUACAAGUGCAAUCGUUUUCUGGUAAUCGUGAUUUUGCGUUACAUUUCGAGCUGGCAGGACUGAGCUAUAUAGCAUUCUCCAGUCUGGUGGUGUAUUCUUAUCUCACAAUCAAAUUUACACUCUCGCGUAAAAAGUAUCGUGAGGCAUCCAUGCGCCCCGAUAACGAGUAUCACGACAAAGCUACGGAUGCGCUGCUAAACUAUGUGAGACCAUUAAGUAUUUUGGAAAUGACGUUACGAAAUUGA